AUGGAGAAGGGCAAGAGUGAGAUGUCAGAGAAGAUUUUAAACAUCACUCUGGAGAUCAUCUACCUGCUGACUGGAGAGGAUUGCAUAGUCGUGAAGAAGUCAUCCGGUGACUGUGUGGCCUCCAGCAGCCACCCCGGGGGCUCCGCAGGAACGAGCCGCAGCCAUAGCACCAGCAAGCUUCACGUGCCCUUCCACAAGAGGAAAAAUAACUACCAGAUUUUGAAGCUCGCCAACAAGAUCAUCGAGUUGCUGACAGGAGAGGAGUUGGAAUGUGUGGAUGAUGACAAAGAUGAAGUUAUGGAAGUCCACCAGCCCCUUUCCUCACCAGAUGGAUCCAGUAACAGAAAUACCCCGGAGAGAUGUCCUGGAUCUCCUGACCCCGCAGAAGAUGAUCAGGAUUACGAG